AUGUCUGAUUCCAAGAAAGGCGGCGAUCUCUUCGACAUGGCCAAGGACGGCACAUCCAUUCCUGGCGAUGCCGGCAAGCAAAACACAAUCAAGUCCGUCCCGAACCCUCAUCAGCGCGACGGUGAGGCCGCAGGCGGUCUCGGCUCAUCCGACCUAGCUGGUGCAGCAGACAACGCUGUCCUUUCAGCUUCCGAAGGUCGAGAAUUUGGGGUAGGUGAGGGAAUCAGCGCAACGGGCCAUGAUAUUCCCCAGUCUGUAACUGGAAAGCCUGGCGGUCGUGGGGGUACUCAAGGCAAGGAGGAGAUCAGAAGAGACACGGGCGCUUUUGCGAAUAGGGAGAAUUAA